AUGAAACAUUUAGAAGCUUGGCAUGAUAUUGUAAUACGUAAACUUUUUCUUGCACUGAUUCUCGAAGAUGAUCCCCUCUUUGUGCCAUUUUUCAAGGAGAAAUUCAAUCGGGUAAUUUAUACAGCGAUUCGUACCGGCGCUCUUCGUAUAAACAAAACUUGCCAUAAUCGACCAGCAAAAUCUAUUGCCAACAAUGAAUGGAUUCAACAAGAACCUAUGUUGGUUAUCGGCGCCUGUUUCGAUAUGCACGAUAAACGAUCGUUUCAGGUGUCUAAUCGCAGUGCUCCUCCCAUUUUGUCACCUCAAAAACAAGAUCCCUCACGCUGUGCACAUGCUUAUUUACUGACAAAAUGUAGCGCUCAAGCGUUAAUAAAACAAAUAUCAUUAAACCGUGUUCAAGUUUAUACACCUGAUUUCUUACAGAAUACUCUUAUCAAAACAUCUAGAAUAUUGCAAUCGUUUUGGUUGGAUCCUCCGCUUGUGUAUCAAGGUAAUCGGGUCGACAGAGACCUUGAUCAAAUUCCAACAUUUAAAGAAACAAAAUACAAUUUGCCUCUGUAG